AUGAUCAUCAGAGUUGGAGUUGAAUAUCAGGUUGAAGUUCCAUCACUUAUCCCCGGAUGUCAAAGUUUGCAGCUUAAAAUAAGAAAUUAUUAUUCCAGAAUUAUGUUUAAUAAUAAAUAUGCAAAAGCACAUGCUUUAUUAGACAAUGGCAAAGAAAGUGGAUGGUCAGUAAAUCAUCAACCUAUAUUCGCUUGUGAUAGUAUGGAUGCCGCAUUGGUGACAGCCCAGGGAAGAAAGGCCGGUUCACAAACCAAAGCUUGGACAAAAAUUGAGCGUGAUAGCUUUCUUCUCGGCUUGUACUUCUUUGGGAAAAACCUUCUGAUGGCCAGAAAAUUUGUUGAGAGUAGAGAUAUGGGAGACAUAUUAGCAUACUAUUAUGGAAAGUUCUAUAGAUCAAGUGUUUAUCGAAGCUGGUCAGAAAGUCGAAAACUCAAGAGCAGAAGAUACGUGCAUGGACAAAGGAUUUUAACAGGUUGGAGGCAGCGGGAACUCUUAUCUCGUUUGUUUUGCCAUGUCUCAGAAGAAUGCCAGAAACAGUUGUCAGAGGUUUCGACGACAUUUGCAGAAGGAAAACUUUCACUGGAAGAGUAUGUAUUCACUUUGAGAAACAUGGUUGGCACCAACAUGCUUGUAGAAGCAAUAGCAAUUGGCAAAGGGAAGAAAGACCUUACCCGCACUGCUAUGGAUCCUUCAAAAGCUAAUCAUUCCAUACCUCUUGGUGCUGGAGUACCUAGUGGGAAAGAAUGCUCCUCUCUUAGCUCAAGUGAAAUCGUCAAGUUUCUGACAGGUGAUUUUCGGCUAAGCAAAGCUCGAUCCAGUGAUCUUUUUUGGGAAGCUGUUUGGCCCCGCCUUUUAGCAGGAGGAUGGCACUCCGAGCAGCCUAGAAAUGCUGCAUAUGCUGAUCCAAACUAUUUGGUGUACAUUAUACCUGGUGUUAAAAAUUUUUCCCGGAAACUUAUGAGAGGAACUCAAUAUUUUGAUUCCAUUAGGGAUGUCUUGAAGAAGGUUGCAUCCGAGCCUCAUCUCCUCGAGUUUGACAAUGAAGCUGCAGAAGAUAGCACAAAGAUGAAGGACGACGUGUUAGCUUUACGAACAGAACAGGACUUGGAGGGUUUAUCAAAUCAGAGAUGCCAUACUUAUCUCCAGACACCAAUUUCUACUUGCAGUCAAAAUUUAAUGAAAUUUACAGUUGUGGAUACUAGUUUGUUUCGUGAAAGUGGAAGGGUGAAUGUGAGAGAGUUGAGAUUUUUACCUCCAGAUCCUUUAAGUAAAUGCGUGGAGCCCGCUUGUUCUAACAAGGAAGACAGAAUUUCAGAUCCGCUAGAAGAUGUAACUGAGAGCAGACCAUGCAAUGACACAGCAGAUUGUGAAACUGAUAAUUUCAAGAAGCAAUUGCCUACUGCUUCAGAUCCUAUGAAUACAUCUGUAGAAAAUCACUAUGACAGAAGCUCUACUGCCUCCACUAGUUGGAAAUCAAAGAUGACAGUGAAAUUCCAAUUUAGUCGGAGGCUGAAAAAUAACAAGUUACAUCAUUCGGCUUCCAUCACUGAUGAGCAGAACUUUACAUGUGGCAGCAAUAAAAAUUCAACAAAUGAUGCUGAAAGCAUAUCCAUGGAUGCUAAUUCGAAUGUACGAGGAUCCUCCUGUUUAAAAAGAAGUCCAGUCACUGAACUAUACCUAAAUUCUUCAUCAAACAGUACUUUCUCUGGCAUCCCAGAGGAGAGAAGUGAAAGCAAUGUUAGUAAAAACGUUCCAGCUAGCGAACUGUGUAAUGAGAAGUCUGAAUUCGAGAUAUUGAUUGGUUUGAAUUCUCCUCAGGUCGCUCUUGUGGAGGAGUUUUCAACAGUUACGCCUAAUUCUAUUGAUUCAUCUUUUGAUGAGUCAUUCUUACACUCCAAAGGAACUCAGCAGUCUGGGAUGUUGGUUACCAACAAUGCUAGAGUCCCUGUAGAGAUGCAGCCUGUAAUUGAUGGUCGGAGGCAGAGCACGAGAAACAAACCUAGUACGAAAGGCUUGGAAGCCAUUGCGUAUGGGUUCAUAGGCACAAAACAGAAAAGAAAGAAUUUGGAGGCUGAUUCUCAAGAUUACUACGUGUCAAUGCCUUCACGGAAGCAGAUGCUGAUGGACUUCAUAUUGGUAAAAAUGAGACUGUUGGAGAGUCUUCAAAAUUAUCUCGGGGAACAUGGAUGGUGUUUUUGCUAUAGAGACCAUAAUAUGGAUAAAGUUGAUAGGGACGAGCUGCUUAUAAAAUACCCUUAA